AUGUAUUAUGAUAAUACUACAGCAGUGUCUUUCUCCAAUAAUUUAAAAAGUAUUCCUGGUGCGAGAUACAUUGAUGUAAAGUAUUUUAUUGUUAAGGAGACAGUUGAAGAGUGCCUCAUUACUGUAGUUCACACGCCUACUUACAACAUGGUGGCAGAUCCACUGGCCAAGGCCUUACCAAUAGGCAUAUUUGAGGAGUAUAUGUCCCAUAUGGGAUUGUUGGUAGUUGAGACUGCUGUGGGUCAGUGGGAGUUUAUUAUCACUGCCUCAAAUCUAAGUGGUACUUGUUCUAAAACAACCAGAGGAAAAGGAGGAGAAGCAGAGCCCCCUGUCAAAUGGAGAAACAGCCUUGACAAUCAAACAAAAUCUCUAAUUCUCUCCUCUUGGAAAUUGCUUCCUCAAAAUUCAUGGUCUGGUACCCUCCAAAACUUUGAUUUCUCAUCUUUUCCUAACUUAGAGUGCCUUGUGCUUUCCAACAAUUCGCUUUAUGGAGCUAUCCCUCCCAUUAUCAGUAACCUUUCUAGACCCAUAUUGAUGGAGGACAACUUAGAUCACUUAAGAGGCUUUACUUGGAGGAACAAGGAUGAACCUCGAGAAACACAUACUACAGCUUUCUUUGCAGCAUUGAGUCAUGAUGGAAGAACGGUUCAUCAAGAAAUAGUUGAAGCCACAGAAAACUUUGACUCCAAAUAUUGUAUUGCCGUUGGAGGAUACUGGAGUAUCUAUAAAACAUUACUCUCAACUGGUCAAGUUGUUGCGGUGAAAAAGUUCCAUGGGAAUGAUGAAGUGGCUAUGUACAAGUUCAUGGAAAAAGGAAGCUUAGUAAACAUAUUGUGUGAAAAUGUUAAGACAAAGGAGUUAGAGUGGACUAAGAGAGUAAAUGUUGUCAAAGGUUUAGCAAAUGCCAUAUCCUUUAUGCACCAUGAACGUUUUCCUCCUAUAGUGCACAGAGACAUAUCAAGCAAGAAUGUUUUGUUGGAUGCAGAAUAUGAAGCUUAUAUUUCUGACUUUGAUUCAGCUAGAGCUUUCGAUCCUUUCUCAUCAAACUGGACUCCAUUUACUGGAACCAUUGGAUACUCAGCUCGAGGCAACCAAUCCAAGCAUUUUUGUUUUGACGAGCUUGCUUACACAAUGAAAAUAAAUGAGAAGAGCGAUGUGUAUAGCUUCAGAGUGGUAACAUUGGAAGUGAUGAUGGGAAAAUAUCCAGGAGAUUUGGUCUUGUCUUUGUUCACAUCACCAUUGGCAGAAGCUCCUGAAAUUCUACUCAAGGAAGUAUUGGAUCAACGUCUCUUGCCUCCAAGAAGGCAAACAGCAGAUCAAGUGGCCACCAUUGUAGAGCAAGCAUUAGCUUGCCUGCAUCCAAUCGUACCAUCUCGACCAACUAUGAAGCAAGUGUCCGAGAAGCUAUCAACUUCAUUGGUACUAUCAUUAUCAAAGCCUCUUCAUAUGCUUCCACUUAAGCAGCUGAUAGCAAGUGUCUGA